AUGCGUCUCUUCCACUCUCCGAUAACGUCCCUAUUCAUCCUCCUGUCCAUCCCCAAUCCGAUCCUGAGCGCAAAGUCCUCCGCAACCUCCUUCUGCAAAUGUAUCUGCUUCAACAACAGCACCAUCAUCGCCCUGAACCCACCGCCGUCCUCAUCGCAGUCUCCCUCCCUUCACAACCUCGACAUCCGCUCGCCAGACACAGAUCCUGACUCAUUCGACUCAUAUCCUGAACCUGACUCUGGACCUGUGACCCGAAGAGAACCCGCCGAUUCGACGCGACCACACCAUAAACCUACCUGCGCAGACUGCACACGCGCAUUUUGUCUCGACUAUAAUCUCCCAAUAUGCAAGAAUGCAAGAGAUGAGGAUGUCUUCACGACUUGCUUCCAGCGCGACUCGCUGAAAGACGAAGCCGUCGUCGUUAUCUUCGUCUUCGCGACUGCAGGUCUUCUCGCCUGGGCCCUGGUGAAACCCUGGAUCGAUCGACUGCGCGAACGAAGUACCUUCAUACCUCUGCCGCAACAUGAGAGCCCUCGCCCGAGCAACAAUAACAUCACAAAUAAACCACAGCGCCGAACCGGACCUGGCUUAGAUACAGGCACAGGGAGUGGCAUUGGUGGUGGAAGAGGAGAGAGGCACUUCCCUACCGACAUGCACGCUGAGCAAGGUACAGCUGAUAUCGUAUCAGGGAUCGGUUCUGGGUCCGGGUCGGCGUCUCGUCCUUUGAGCUAA